AUGGCUGAGCCUGACCAGGCGUCACUUUCCGACUCGAAACCCACCACUGAGACUGGCCAUUUGGAAUACCUCCAAGAUGGCCUCUCGCAGGAUGAUGCCGCAUUUCUUCACGAGUUCCCCCAGACUGCCCACAAAAAGGCCUUCCGAAAAGUGGACUUCAGGCUCAUGCCAAUGCUCAUGGCCUUGUACCUGAUUGCCAACCUCGAUCGAGCUAACCUGGGCAAUGCUAAGAUUGAAGGACUGGAAGCGGACCUCAACAUGAAAGGAACCGACUAUAACUUUGCCAACAUGAUGUUCUUUAUCCCAUACAUUCUGCUCGAGGUCCCGGCAAAUGCCAUCCUCAUCAGGUUCACCAAGCCGUCUGAGUGGAUCAGCCUUAUCGUGACAGCGUGGGGAAUUGUCAUGACCUGCUCUGGCUUUGUCCAGAACUGGGGUGGCCUCGUGGGCUGCCGUGUCCUGCUUGGAGUGUUCGAGGCCGGCUUCUUCCCCGGCGCCGUCUUCCUUCUCAGCCAGUGGUACCCUCCAUACAUGACCCAACUGCGCAUGGCAAUGCUCUACUGCGCCGCUGCCCUGUCCGGUGCCUUUUCCGGCCUCCUGGCCGCAGCAAUCGCGGAGAUGUCAGGCGUCGGCGGCUACAAUGGCUGGCGCUGGAUCUUUAUCCUCGAGGGAAUCGUCACCAUAGGACUCGGCAUCGGUGCCUACUUCAUCCUCCCUGAUUCACCCUCCUACUCCAAGCGCUGGCUCACCCAGCCAGAGAUACGAUACCUCAACCUCCUACAUCAGAAGUACCGGCGCACGCGCCGAACCGGAGAGGACAACACCCAGCGCGAUCCAGAAGAGGAACAGGAAGGGAAACCCCGGAAAUGGAAAAUCCUCCUCUCAGUCAUAACCGACUGGCAGAUCUAUCUGCAGGCAAUGAUCUUCAUGUCCAGCUCCGUGCCAACCUACGCCCUCAAGUUCACGCUGCCCCAGAUCAUGGUCAACAUGGGCUUCUCAAGUACACAGGCCCAGCUGCUCUCCGCACCCCCCUACGUCGCCGGCGCCAUAUCAGCCGUGGUCUCCUCACUCUUCGCAGACAGGGUUACCCGGCGACUGCCAUUCAUCGUCGGACCGCAGCUCAGUCUCAUGACCGCGUAUGCGGUGCUCUUUAGUUUCAGCGCGGAUAUCGCCACACAUGUUGCCCUGUGCUUCACAUUCGUGCACGUCGCGACCAUCAGCGUCUACCCUAUCAUCCCAGGCGGGAACACCUGGACCGUUAACAACGUGGCAGGCCCAGCUAAGAGGGCGAUGGGCGUUGCUUACAUGAUUGCCCUGGGCAACUGCGGCGGCAUCAUCGGCAGCUUCAUUUUCAUUGGGGACGAGAGCCCGCGGUACCAGACUGGAUGGGGGGUGAGUCUGGGGUUUAUAUGUGCUGGUGUGUGUGCUGCGUGUACCCUUGGUGUUGUAUAUACGGUGAUAAACAGGCGGAGGGACCGAAUAACGGAGGACGAGGUCAGGGAGAAGUUUUCUGAUGCGCAGUUGGAACGAUUGGGGGAUCGUAGUCCGCUGUUUCGCUACACUCUGUAA